CUUCAGCUUCAUCUUCAAGUAUCGCUGAUAACACCAUGGACUCUCCAACUAAUAUUAGCCACAUUGGAUUUAUAGUGAUUAGUUCUUUGAAUUCAUGGAAGAAUAGAAAAUCAUACAUCGAGUCAUGGUGGCGGCCGAAUGUUACCAGAGGAUAUGUCUUCUUAGACAAAGAACCCACCGAGGAAUUUCUACCCUGGCCUUCAACUUCUCCUCCUUUUCGAGUCAACGAGGACAUCACCAAAUUAAGAGUGUACCCUAAAAUCGCAAGCCCUCUUCAAGUUCGAAUGUUUCAUUCGCUUUUAGAUAUGUAUAGAGUGGGAGAUAAGGAUUUGAGAUGGUUAGUAAUGUGUGAUGAUGACUCUAUAAUUUUCGUCGAUAAUUUGGUGGAAGUUCUAAGAAAAUACGAUCAUAAUAAGUAUCAGUACAUUGGAGGUAUUUCAGAAUGUGUCAAGUCAAAUGCUGAUUUCUCUUUUGAUAUGGGAUUUGGUGGAGCUGGCUAUGCUGUGAGUUAUCCAUUUGCACAAGCAUUAUCAACCAAAUUAGAAGAUUGUAUUGAGAGAUACCCUUAUUUGCGGGUUAGUGAUCAUAUGGCACAAUCUUGUUUUGCUGAUCUUGGAAUUGCUUUAACAAUUGAGAAGGGGAUUCACCAGAUUGAUCUACGUGGUGACAUAUCAGGCUUUCUAUCAUUUCACCCGCAAUCUCCACUCCUCACUCUCCACCAUUUGGAUGUCGUAGAUCCAAUAUUUCCCUCCAUGGACAAGUACGAAGCUUUAAGGCACCUCAUGAAAGCUGCAAAGGUUGAUCAGUCUCGCGUUGUACAGCAAACCAUCUGCUACCAAAGAGAAAGCAACUGGUCUUUCUCAGUGUCAUGGGGCUAUUCUACUCACAUAUAUGAGAAUAUAAUACCUCGAAGCAUUUUACGCAAACCCCUCGAAACGUUUAGGCCUUGGUCUAGGAACACUCGCCCUCCGUUCUUCAUGUUCAACACACGGUGGCUGACUAACAAUCCAUGCGAAGCUCCUCAUGUAUUUUUCUUUGAGUCCAUAGAGCAUAAUCCAGAGAACGACCAAGUUCUCACAACCUAUGUUCGAGCAGCACAACGGAACAUGCCACCUUGCUCAGCUUCUGGAAACCAUUCCGCUGAUUCCAUCUCCAAAAUUCGGGUACAUUCUCAAGCAACAGCACGGAAAACGGCCGGGGUAAUGGAGUGCUGUGAUGUUGAUUACAAGGCGGAGACGAAUGUUACAGAAAUCAAAAUAAGGUCGUGUUUGAAAGAUGAAGUCAUUGCCUGAAUAUUACACCACAAAGAACAACAGAGCAUAAAGAAAUGCAUAGGUUAGUGUUUAAACAAUGUUACUUGUACUAAAAAACACUUAAGAGUAUAGGUUAUUAGUGUCAUAUUAUCCCACAGAUCUGUCUAUACAUGGGAUAUGUUCUUUUGGUCUUUUUCAUUUCUAAGAUCUGAAACAAUAAUAUUAAACUUUUGAAUACAAAUGACUUUUUAGUAUUAUUGGA